AUGAUUGAUGUGGAUGCCUAUGGAAAAGAUAGCGAUGCCGGAGCAUUUUCAAAUUCACCGAUUUAUCAAAACAUCGAAAGCGGCAUUUUACCUUUACCAAAAAGUCAAGAGUUACCCAACUCUGAGCAGGUUAGUCCUUUUGUAUUCAUAGGAGAUGAAGCGUUCCCACUAAGAACCUAUCUAUUAAGAUCAUUUCCUAGAAGGCGACUACAAAAUAAUGAACCUGCCUCUUAUUACAAUUACCGUUUAUCAUGUGCCAGAAUGACUGUGGAAUGCACUUUUGGCAUAUGUUCUGCUAAAUUUAGAAUUUUAUUAAAAUCUAUAGAGACCAAGGUAGAAAAUGCGGUUCAUAUUUCAAAAGCAAUUUGCAUUUUGCACAAUAUUAUAGUAGACAUGGAGAAAGACUCAAUUUUGAACGACUUGCAAAAUUAUACGGGCGCUAACCUUAGUAAUAAUAUUAACAAAUCUAUUAACGCAUUUCUAGAGCCAACAACCGUCCAUCGAGAGAAGCCGAAAAGUUGA